AAAAUUAACGGAAAAAAACUCCUGUUUGAAUGUAAUGUUCAACUAUACACUAUAAACGUCAAUGGCGUUCCUUCGGUGUUGCGUUGCAGAUGAGUGUAUCCUUUGAACGACAACGGAUUUUAGUGUCAGAAAAGCGCGCAUACUAGCGGUGGCUCGUCAUUUCCGGCAAGAUUUUCAUUUCAAGCCGUGAGGAAUUUCCAUCCUGUAGUAAUGGAUCUAGAUGAGCUUAAGGUGCUACGUGCGAUCGUUGAAUACGUGCGUAUCAGUGAGAAUAUACUGGUGCUAAACGUUGUAAGAGAAAUCAAUCCGGAUGUGGUGAAAGUGCUGCAGCAAGGAUUGCCUCGCGACCGGAUGCUUCGCACAAUUUGGAUUGUCCCCUCGGAGAAUGAUAUCGGUAUAACGAUUAUACGCGCUGAAUCUUGUUCCGAUGGUCAGUUCUCGGUGAAGACAGAAGGGCAGCUACGCAAUGUCCUUGUUUGCCUACCGAAUGUUUUUUUCUGCAACGUACGCCCCAAUGCGAAACGCGUUGUUGCCCCGGUUAACUGGAAUUUUUGGUCUAUCGUUAAAAAUACGGCGGAUGAGAUACAUAUACCGCCAGCCUGUGUGUAUGACGCGGUCGACUUAAGGCGACGUGAAAAGUUAUCGGCGAAUUGGUACUUUAGAAACCUUAUGGUACGGUUCAGUGUAACCGAGGCGAAGGUGUUUAUCGUCCACGGUAACGCCGAUAGUGGCAAACGGACGGAAAUCGUUCACUAUUUGCUAGAACUAGCACAACAGGAGCAACAUUCCUGUCGCAUGAUUUACGUAAUGGAGGAAGAGGUCGAAGUGCUCGCCACUGUGGUGCGAAUUUGCGAGGAACGGAACGAACCGAUCGGUAAAACAAUCGGCUACAAGCUGAACAUAAACGGCCAAGUUGGAGAAAUGAACAAUGUGGUGUUCUGCACCACCCAGACACUGAUAUUUUCAAUGUUCAGCAAAAGGUUCAAGACCACACUACGCAAACUAACGCACCUGAUUGUGGACUGUGGAGAUCGGCAUCCGAACGAGAUGAAUUUGUUGCUUUCGUUGGUGAAAAAAAUCUUGCAAAACAACGAUUCAAUAAAUUUGGUGCUGCUGUCCUCGCGAGAUGAUGAAUCAUCAUCGUUCAGUGGGUUGUUCGCUAAUGUGCUAGAAUUGCGUAUACCUUACAGCGAACCGUACAUUAGAAACUUGCCGAAUAAGCCUUUUGGUGUAGAGUACUAUUAUUUGGAAGAUAUUUUAGAGAAAAUCUGCACCCAUCAGGUUAUUCAAUGCAUGAAACAAACACUUCCGACGACGGACAAUGCCCUGAAGCUGAUGGCUGAACUGCAACUAAAGUACGGUCAUUAUAGUUACAAUCGAAAUGUGACGGUUAUUAUGGACAUGCUGAUUGAGCGAUGCUGGUUUGCGGACGAUGCUGAACCAUUCACGGCGGUACUGUUGCCGUUCCUGGAGUACAACAAGCAUAUGGUGGACUAUCAACAUUCGAACACACGUUUGUCCGCUCUCAUGAUCGCCGGUGCAAAAGGGUUCAUCGAUGUGGUAAAAAGCUUGCUGAUUAUGGGCGCUAAUCCGUACAUCGUAGGAAGGAAAUCCUUACAAGCCAUGGAUUGGUGUUGCGCAGGGAGUGAAAAUGUAUGCUGGCAAAUGAUGCAAACAGCACACCAUGCGUACAACAAUCCAGCUUCCAAAAAGUUACUUUUGUGCCAAAUUUACCACAAAGUGUGCAAUCCUUUCAUCGUCGACCAGGGACUGGUUGGGGAGAUUGUAGAACACAUCUGCAAAAAUUACUUACCGGGUAAUGUACUCGUGAUGUUGCCGGAUUUUUGUGACGUCCUCGAGUGUUACGACUUACUCCGGGCCAGUGAUAUCAGAAAAGAAAAGAAAAGAGUACAUUUUGUGGUCUGCAAUCAAUGGCUCACCGAGGAAGAGUUAAAGGACAACAUACUGUCGUCGACCCGCGAUUGUUCGGAGCUGUACGUUGUGAUCCUGGUAGCGGAACCAUUGUUGGAGCUAGUAUUGUCGCUCUCGUGCAUUGAUUAUGUGGUGGACACGGGAUUAGCGGUGCACCGUUCGGGUGACUACGCUAAGGGCAUAUGCAUUGAUCGAUCGUGCUUGGCAACGGCACAAAGAUCACGUUUGCUGAUGUGGCUUGCACAGCGGAAGUGUUUUAUGCUGUACGCGAAGAACCAUUUGAAUGGUACAAAUUCAAAGCCUCGCACAAGGGCAGCACCCAAUAUGGCACAAUCCGGAGAAGUACUGAAGGCUCUUGUUUGUCGCACCAAGCAUUACGGCACAGCGUUGGAAUACGUUUGUUCCACUUUAUUUUCAACUUGUUCUAAGAGCAUCGAAGGUUCAUUGCAGACGCUUAUGUUAAUCGGAGCGAUAGAAAAGCCGCUAAGCCUACCAACAAACUUGGGUUUGCUGCUUGUGCAGCUAGACGUCGGUGUGCAUCUAGGCAAGGCACUACUCUAUUCGAUUUUGUUUCGAUGUCUCGAUCCCAUGUUAACGAUUGUGGCCGCCUUGAAGGUAGGCGAUCCAUUUAUCGAACCGUUGGAUAUGGAUGGAGAGAUGGAAAUUAUGCACUUUAAACAUUCGCUCCACAGCCGCACCUACAGCGAUUAUAUGGUACUGUUGCGGUUGUACCAACAGUGGAGUCAAUACAAGACCAAACAAACAGAUCAAAAACCGUUGCCAAGCUAUCACCUCAAAACGGGAGUAAUGGAGGCAAUUUCUAAUACACGCGUGGAGCUAAUGUCGUUGCUACGCCUGCACGGGAUUGUAAAAUGUGGCUAUGGACACAACACCGAGCAGCUGAACCUUAAUGCCGACAGUUUUCCCAUGGUAAAAGGUUGCCUGGCGGCCGGUUUCUAUCCCCAGGUGGCCUUAGCAGACUAUAACAAAAUGCAACUGGUGGCUAAUUGUGGAACUGUACGUUUUAAAACCCAUCCUUUGUCGGUGGUACAAAUGGAUACGCUACCAACGAAGUGGGUUAUCUACAAUAGAAAGCAAGAUCACAUGCUGAUCGUACCGGAGAACACGAAGAAUGCGGAGGUUCAAAUCAUGGACAAUACACCCAUUUCCGAGGUUAUGUUUCUGUUGAUGUGUGGCAUCGAUAGGAAAGAUAAACUAGACACGGGUAAUCUGCAAGUUCGCGAACAGGCCAACGGGAAGGAAACGGUACAAUUCCUAAUUGAUCAGAAGUACAUGUUCGAGUUGCCGCAAGAGAUGUUCGAUGCGGUUUCGCUCAUUCGUCGCACACUCGGCCAGCUGUUUCGGGACUUUACGCUCAAUCUGCUGCAAACGAUGGAGCGCAAGGAAACGGAGGUGUUGGUGAAUGCCGUUAAGGAAGUACUGAAUGCGGAGGAGUCAAGUGUAUUUCCCACGACCACCAUCGUUGAUACACGUCCGAGGAUAAAGAGCCUGUUGCCGAUGGGUGCAUUUUGGAACUACACAUUUGAUGUACACGCGCGGAAAUGAGAGACAGAAAUGCUGUUAACCAUUUUGGAUG